AUGGAUUUGGAUUCUCAACCUAAGCCACUGUCGGAGCUCAUAUCACUCGUUUCUCUAAGAAUCUCUGGCGGAGACUCUAUAGAAGAUUCAGAGUCGGAGAUAAUAUCACUCAUUGGUGAAACAAAGAGUCUCAACCGGGAGCCGGAGCUCAUAUCACUCAUCUAUCAAGUACUUUCCCUUGUCAAUUCUAUUGCUUCAGCUUCAAACUUGAAGGAACUUAUUUUCUUAUACCCUCAAGAAGAAGUAAUUUUAGAACAAGGAAAAUUUCAUGUGGUUGAACAAGUCCCCUGGAGGAACAAUAGUAAGUGGAGGUGUUUCGAUGAAAGGUGGCAAGUAUUCAGGCAAGAUAGAAGAGGCAGUUUCCAAUUUCGCUGCCAAAACUGCAACGGCCAGUACCAUAAUGAACAUAACAAGGCUCCAGCUGAGAUCAAACACCCUCUCCAUCCAAAACAUUCCCUUCACCUUGUCUUGUUCCAAUGGAAACCGUCUAAGGAAACAAGAAAAUCUUAUUGUUGUGAUAACAUAAUCUCACAAGUAUUUUAUUACUGCUGGGCUUGCGAUAUUGCUAUUAAUUUUGACUGCACAAAGGAUCAACCCGUCUUGUAUAUAGACCGUCCCAAGUGGCAUGACCAUACACUUGCUUUGUUCCCGAGUGAGGCUUCUGUAACCUGCAACCUUUGUGCCUUGGUCCAUGCAACAAGCUGCCCUUUCUACACAUGUACUCCGUGUAACUUUGUGGUCCAUGAAAAAUGUCUCAGCUUACCACGUGUCAUAAAGAUCUCACGCCAUCCUCAGCAUCGUAUCUCUUUUAAACCUUCUUUUGUUCAAGGAGAUUGGGUUUGUGGUGUUUGUCGCAGAAAGAUCAACACCGAUUAUGGGGGUUAUUCUUGCAUCAAGGACGAAUGUUUGUUUGCAGCUCACUCGAAAUGUGCCACACAAAGCAAUGUUUGGGAUCUUAUAGACCUUGAGGGGGUGCCUGAAGAAGUUGAAGAAGAAGUUGGACCCGUUUGUGACUGUAAGCGAAGGGAUCAUACAACAUUUCAGUCAUCAAGAUCAUCAUUUGAGACUUGA